AAGCCAGCAGAGAAACAGAGAAGCUCAUCUGAACGACUGCAGUGUGACUUUCUGCCCGAUUAUCGCAUAACUCUGUACGCAAACAUGAUGUGUGAAAGCGGCUUCGACUUGCGCCAAGCUCUCGACAGCUGUGAUGACUUGGACAGUUUGGAGUUUGAGAUGGACUCGCAGAGCCCACUGAAGUGUGCAGCUGUGAUGAACAGGCCUCACUGUGACCUCUAUGAGGGGGUCAAGCUGGAGGUGUCCUUGCAGGCUCACAACAUGCGCCAGGUGGCCCAUCUGAUCAUCGCCAUGCAGAGGAUGAAGAACACCCAGAGGCUCCAGGGCACGGAGUUCAGUGACCAGGAGCUGCUCAAUAUCAUGAUGGAGAACGUAAUUGAAGAGAGCGUGGUGAUGACAGUACAGGACCAGGUCGACAGCGGCGCUGUGGUGUACACCAGUACGAGCCAAGAGGUGAAGUGCAACGUGGCUGACCAGUACCAGAAGAGUCUGGUGCUCAACGAGGAGGCCCUGGAGCUCCAGGCCAUGACACUUCAGGGCGGCAGCUUUCAGCGCAGAGUGCAGCUCAACCUCUCCAUGUACGUGACGCCCAGCUACAGCAGUGGAAAAGGGCAACCUGUCACGUUAGGGAUCGUCGAUACGAACCUCUACCUGUCCUGCUCCAGUGAAAACGGCAUGCCCAUUCUCCAGCUGGAGGAGGUGGGUGAUAAAUUGAGGCUGAAGCACAUCAGCGCGGAAGAUGAUUUAAGCCGCUUCCUGUUCCUGAAGAGGGGGACCGGACUCUCCAUGACCACUUUUGAGUCGGCCAGAUACCAGGGCUGGUUCAUCAGCACCGCCCUUCAGGAGCGGGAGCCCGUGGAGAUGUGCACCAAGCAAGAGGCGAACCGCAUCACCUCCUUCAGGGUCAAAUAGACGGGGCUCCGAAAAAGGCACAUCUCAGUGUGUAUGUACUAAGUACAGCCAGGAUUUCAUUAACCUCACAGUCAUUUUGGCCUCCAGUGGCUGAUGCUGAAGUUCAGAACAUGUUGAUCCUCUAUGAGUUCAAACUGUCUGCCACUAGGUGGCGUGCUUUACUUCCUAUUUAUACUGUACCUGUUGCUCGAGUCUCUCCACUGAAGAGCUUGAUCUGCUGUAAAUAUGCACUUCAAUGAUGGAGACAAGCAGUAGGUGUGAUGAGUGUGAGUGUGGUUGUCACAGUGUCUCAAGAGAUGAUGCUGGCCUGAACGUUGGAGAAAAAUCAUUGAAUUCAUUGAAUGCUUGCUCAUUCCAGACAUUUUUGCCAGAAGAUAGCUUUGUAAUUAUUAAUCAUAUUAAUUAAUUUAUUAAUUACU